AUGUAUGCUGGAUAAUAAUCAUUUAGAUAAAUUGUAAAGUCAUUUUAUAAAAAUGCAAUAGCUGUUUUAGUAGUAUAUGAUAUUACUGAUGUAAAUUCAUUUUAGCUUUUACAAAAUUGGAUUGAUGAAAUUAAAUGUAAUUCUCAUUAGGAUAUUAUAAUAGGAAUUAUUGGAAAUAAAUUAGAUAUGAAUGAAAA